AUGUCAGCAGAACAUCCACAAGUCCAAACAUCAACAAAUUCAUUGAUAGAGCUUGAAGAGAAAGCACUCUUUCAUUCACCAUCCACUCCAUCUACUACAUUUCAUCAACAAUUUACCACCGGAAAAGUUUCGAAUAGAAAGAAACGAAAUUUUAUCAUCAAUACGAAAUAUGGAAGCAUAGAACUGAGUAUUGAAAGAAUAUUAUCUUUCAUUGUCAUGUUUAUUGCUGUAAUUUCACUUUUCAUUCUUACAAUCAUUACAUUUUAUGCAUUCGUCUUGAGAGCAUAUGGUGAAACAUAUGUUUAUUCCUAUGGAACCGAAUCAUUAGUAUAUUCUAAUAGAUUUUCUACCUACUUAACAAUAAUUCUCAAUUCUAAUAAUGUUACUAUAGAUAAUGGAUGGUUAUUUAAAAUCAAUUAUACAUUCUCACAUUAUGAGGAAUCGAUAGGAUUUACAGCUCGUUACAAUGCUGAUUCCAGUAAAUUUGGGAAAGAGAAUUUACCUGUAAUGGUUCUGUAUUUACAGAAUAGUGGAAGGGAUUAUCAAUAUUUGUAUAGUUUAUUGGUUAGUAAUAAGAGUAGAGCAGUAGAGUAUUCGAAUCAUUUUGUUUCGAAUUUGAAUAACGCAACUAGAGAAUAUUUAGAGAAGGCACUAUAUGAAAGUGAUAAGAAUGAUGCUAUUGAGACCCUUUAUAUGGAUUCGACAGCUAUAAUUGGAACCAUACUAUGUGGAUUGGCUCUGUUAAUUAUACUUCCGACCGGUUUUAUUGCUACUUUUGGAAGAAAUAACAAAUUAUUGGAAAAAUUACAAAAAGUCAAUGCAAAGGAGGUCUUGAAGACGGUGUCUGAUACAUAUUUGAAUACUUCCUUUAAAGAAUAUUGUAAAAAUCAUCAACAAUUGAAAUAUUUUCUAUUUUUAGAAAAAUCAUUACUUUAUUCAGAAUAUUGUGAAGAAAUAUUUAAUUUAAAUUCAAUUGAAAAUUACUUAAAUGGUACCAAUACCAAUUCUAUAGAAACUAGAAUUGAUGAAUUUGAAUCUAAAAAGUGUGAAAUUAUCUUUGAAACCAUGAUUGAGUUUCUCAGCUCAAAAGGUGAAUAUUUUCUUGGUGAGAAACAAAUUGGCGGGAAGAAAUUAAUUCAAAAAGUUAAUAAGGAAUUCAAAUCUAAUCCAAUGAAUUUACCAGAAAAUUUAUUAGAUGAAAUUGAAUCGAAUAUUUCAAUUUGUUUAAUUUCAACACUCAAGUCAUUUCAAUCCACGCAAAAACAAAAGAGAACUCUUUACAAUUUUUCAAAACAAUAG